CGGAAUGGUAGCCAAUGAACACCAGUUUACCUUAUAUAUAUAUAAACCAACGUGCGCAGUUCCCCUCUCUCCCAGCGUGUGUUGUAACCGGUUUGGAUAGCAGCAUGGCUUCAUCUGCGAAAAGAAGGGCUAUUGGAAGCGGGGGAAAUCCUGAAGACAGUGACAGUUCGGAUGAGGGAUUAGAAGAUUCCGGACAGGAGAGUGAAAAUUCAGAAGAAGAAAUAAACGAGGAAGUCGUGGUGGAUUUUGAGGCACACACGAUAUCAGACAACGAUGUCAGUGGCAUCAAGAAACUGCUUCAACAGCUCUUCCUGAAGGCCCAUGUGAACACCUCUGAGCUCACUGACGUCAUCAUCCAGCAAAAUCACAUCGGCAGCGUCAUCAGGCAAGCCGAGGUGCCUGAUGACAGUGACAAUGAGGACCUGGAUGAAGUGUUUGGGUUUAUCAGUAUUAUAAAUCUCACUGACAGAAAGGGUAUGGAGUGUGUGGAGCAGAUCAAGGAACUGGUUUUGGGACAGUGUGAGAAAGUGUGCUCAGCAGCUGUACAGGAGCAGUUUCACCAGGUCCUGGAGGACACAUCUCAGAGCGUUGGGCUGCUGCUCAGCGAGCGAUUUAUCAACGUCCCUCCGCAGAUCGCUCUACCGCUCUACACGCAACUGCUUGAGGAAAUGUCUGAAGCACAAAGGACCAAUAAACCCAGUGGGAAAUGUCACUACUGUCUGUUGAUCAGCAAGACAUGCCAGGAAGCCAAGAAGAGCAUCCCAGCACGAGUGCCUGCAAAAGAACUGCCCAUGUUCGUCAACGCAGAGGAGGAAUUCUUUUACGAGCAAGCUGUAGUGAAGUUUCACUACUCCGUCCAGGAGGAAGCCGAUUCGUGUCACUCAGGACGAUGGUCAUUCGAUGAUGUACCUAUGAAACCUUUCCGGACAGUGUGUCUGGUCCCCAUGGAGAGAAUGCCAGCAAUAAUGGACAAGCUGAAGGACUACCUCACCAUCUGAACGCUUCCUUUAACGUGUCCUAAUUUUUCCUCUCCCCUCAAUACAUACAUCUUCAGGACUACAGUGUGGACGCAGCCAGAGUGGACACUUAACGGGUGAUCCGAGUGUUGAGAGAUUAUCCAUCGGGAAAUUUUUCUAAGUUCUUCUGAAAGUCUUCAAUUAAACACGUUUUACCAAGA